AUGGAUGUCGUCCCUCCAUCUUACGAGACUGCCACGGCCCGAGAUGCCUGGGCUGUGAUCGCUCAAUAUAUCCCAUCGGCCGAUCUCUGCGCCGCUUCACUAGUCUGUCGCAGAUGGCACAAGCUUUUUAUGCCUUUUCUUUGGGGGAAUCCGGCGUCGCACUUUGGGACGGAUAAUGAUGCGGUCUACGUUGCUCUGACUAGGUUCCGAAGAACCCUGAAAUACGCCCGCGUCGAGGUGCGAAUGUUGACCCAUACGCUCCAUCUCCCUCCUGCACUAUCGGAAAUAUACGGUGGCCCGAGACCAGAAUGGUUGAGAGAUAUCCUCGAAUACUUGCCAUGUGUCCAAUCGUUGAUAGUGUCCAGACUGCCGUUUUUCGACCAUAAUGCCAUGACAGCAUUGAAGACUUCGGUGAAAUAUGCACAACCAGCCGAUGCGUAUAAUGUGCGCCUGCUGCUAGCAGAGCACGAACCGAAUACCACUUCUCAGGGUCUUGCAGAGGCUCUGUUGCACUUUCAAGAACUGAUAUAUUUGGAUUUAUCCUGGACCACGCCUGCUCGAGACAGCAGCGUCUUGUCUUGUCUAUCUCAGCUCGAGCACCUCCAGGUGUUGAAGUUACGGGGAAUCGGACUGAGGGAUAGUCAUGCUGAGUUCCUGGCUAAUGCCAUUGGGACUAGGGUCCGGUAUCUAGACUUGCGGAAUAACUUCCUCACUGAUAUGGGAGUGCGGUCUCUGUUGCAGGGAUGUUUCUUGCCUCGCCCACAAGCAGAUGAUGCGUCUCCGUAUUCGUCGGACCCCUCUGCUCACCUCUUCAGACGGUCAGAUCUGGAUGAACAGUUUAUAGAAACUCUCACACAGCCUCUUACAGGCCGUUCUUGGAUUGAGAGUCUGCCGCAUGUGGGGAUAACACAUCUCUAUCUCGCCGACAACCAGAUCACGGUUGAAGGUGCUGCAAGUCUGCUAGCCUCAAGACGGCUUCAUUCUCUGGAUGUAGGUACGGUCAAUACGGCCAAGUCCUUGAAUAGACAGGCACAGGAUCUCUCACCCAGCUUCGAGGAACUCCCCGGUUCUGAGAAGUUGAUACCCCUUCUGGGGUCUGUUGCGCAAGAAAGCCUUACAUAUAUUCGGGCUCACCAUGCUGUUGUCACAGCUGAAGCACCGUCCAAAGACUUCACUUCACCAAAUGUUUUUCUCCCUGAGCUUGCAGGUUCUGGUCCAGAGAUCGAGCUUGAACCGAAUCAUGCGCCCGCAGAAUUGAGUGCCACUCAUGAGAUUCAUGAACUGCCCUCAGAGGAAAACUUUAUCGCCGAGCUUGAGGAUACGUCCGUCUCGCGGCCCAUAGAAUCUCCUCCCCUUGCCGGGAGAGUUCAAGGGUUACAGAUAUAUGCAGAUGAGCCAUUGCCAGAGCUAAAGCGCGGAUCAAUUUUCGCACCAGAGGUAGUCGAGCCUCCACAGGCGACAAACAAUGAUGACGAAGCCCCAGAGGUCAUCAGUCCUACCACACGCCCAUCUGUAGAUGGGCCAUAUGGCCAAAAGAUUCAAGAGUUGCUCAGCAAGAGACCUAAGAACCUUUCUAUUCCCCGAAAAGAUCGCAAAGAUAGCAAGCAUCCCUAUCUACACCCAUCCCAUGUUCCCCAUCUUGAGACUCUGGUCUUGACCGAUGUGCCUUCGCACGUGCCGGUCAAUUCCCCUAUACUUUCAUUUCUGUGUCGGUUCAUCACCGCCUGUUCUAAUGAAGCAUUGCUAGCAUCGCUUCAGGCAGGGUCGGAUUAUUCGCUGCCUCCUGGUCAAGCACGGCUUCGAGCUGAACAAGCUCGGUCCAGAUCCCUCUUUGCACUACGCCGCUUGGUCCUCGAAAUCACCCCCUUGUCUGAGUUGAAACGCUCAUGGAAGGCUGCUGGAUAUCGCAGCGGAGCUUUCAAUUCCAGCACGGGAGACCAAGACUUAGAGAACAUGUGGUCAGCCGCACUGGAUGAUUUUAGUUUCUUUGAAACCGAGUGCGGAAUCCCUGAAAAUGAUCCGGGGAAGUACUUCCCUAUGGCUGCUCUUAAUGAGAAAGUCACAUUGAUGCCCGAGGAUGACGGUUCUAUGUCCCCCGGGAGCUUAGGGCGGGAUACUUUGCUGCCACCGAGCCGGAAUAAUUCACAGCGCAGUGGCCGCUCACGAGUUAAUUCGCUCAUCAGCAGCCCAACCGUAGGUUCAAGCUACGCAGACGACAGACGUAGUCAACGCCCAGUCGAAGUUCCAAUGGUCGACCUCGUUGCCGAACUAGCCUCCUUCCGACGCACCAAAAAAGCCGAAUACGAGGCUCUCUUACAACGCGACCGUCUCAGUCGAAAAAACAUGUCUCGAAUGAGCCCAAACCCGAGCAUAGACACAAGAUCAAGAUCGAGUACCAGCUUACUUUCUCCCUCCCCGUCGUUACCAGCCGUUCAAUCCCGUUCGCUGUCUCCGAGUACAGUAUCGGCUCCGCAUUUGGCUAUGGCGCAUUAUGUCGAAGGGCAUUGGAAGGGGGAGGUGAAGAUUGUUAAGAAUCCGGCGCCCAAAGGUCGGAGUGGGGUGGUGGAUAUGUAUGGGAAUUAUUUUGAGAAGGGGUAUUUAUAUCCUUGA